AUGUCAGUCGAAGAAAUCCCACAAGGAGCAGACGUCAACGUCGUCCCCCAGAACAAGAACGAGAAGAAAGCCAGAGAAUUGAUCAAGAAGCUCGGCCUCAAGCAAAUCAAGGGCAUUUCCAGAGUCACCUUUAAGCAAAGAGGCAACUUGAUCUAUGCAAUUGACGCUCCUGAAGUUUUCAAGAGUGCCGCUGGCACCUACGUUGUCUUUGGGGAAGCCAAGAUUGACGACUUGAACCAGAGAAUCGCUGAACACCAACAACAGCAACAGCAACAAGAAGCACUCUCCCAGGCUGCUCAAGAAGACAAGAGCCCCGAGGCCAUUACCGCUGAUUUGCAAGCUGCUAGCUUGGGUGAGAAAGUUGAAGAGGUUGGCGAUGACGAAGCGGAAGGCGCAGAAGAAGAGGAGGUCGAUGAGAGUGAGUUUGACUCGAAGGAUAUCGACUUGAUUGUUGAACAGACUCACGUUUCUAGAGCCAAGGCCGUCAAGGCUUUGAAGAACCACAAGGGUGAUAUGGUCAACGCCUUGAUGGAGUUGUCCUAG